GAUGGGGUUAUGAGACAAUUGGUCUCAAUCUCAAUGGUUGAAAACGAAUAACAAAGGAAAACAAUUAGUCUUUUGAUUUGAUUUAAUUCAUUUUACCAGAACCUUAGCUGGAAAUCAUCAUAGAAGUUUGAAAAUAUUCAAAUUCAAUACUGAACAAAAUGGUCAAGCUGGACAGUAACUUCCUUCUUGGCGGAAUUUUGCUAAUUUUUUCAAUCUCCAUUCAGGUGACGAAUGGAACACCAAGUUUUACCAUAGAUUAUGAGAAUGACCGAUUCCUUAUGGAUGGAUUACCAUUCCGAUAUGUUGGAGGUGAGAUUCAUUAUUUCCGAGUUCCCCAUGAAUAUUGGUUCGAUAGAUUAUAUAAAAUGAAAGGAGCAGGAAUCAAUGUCUUACAAACAUACGUUGAAUGGUCAGGACAUGAAACUCAUGAAGGAAAAUACAAUUUCGAUGGAGAUUACAAUCUAACCAAAUGGCUCGAAGAAGCACAAAAUACUGGAUUAUAUGUUCUACUUAGAGUUGGACCUUACAUUUGUUCUGAACGAGAUAUGGGCGGAUUACCAUGGUGGUUAAUGAAAUACGAUCUACAAUUACGUCGGAAUAACGAUAUCUACAUGAAAUAUGUGAAUCAAUGGUUUUCCGUUUUACUCCCAAUGAUUAAGCCUUUUCUUUAUCAAAACGGUGGACCAGUGAUCAUGAUUCAGAUUGAAAAUGAGUACGGUUAUUAUAGUGCUUGCGAUCACAAUUAUAUGGCCGCUCUUAGGGACAUUGUCAAGUCUCAUUUGGGAGAUGAAAUUGUUUUAUACACAACCGAUAAUCCUGGUCUAUUAUCUUGUGGUUUGGUUGACGAUGUUUUCGGUACAAUCGAUUUUGGUACUAAUACCAAACCCGAAGAUCAGUUUGCAGUCCUUCGUUCUCAUCGUGCUAAUGGUCCUUUGGUUAACUCGGAAUUUUGGAUCGGUAACAUUGAUACUUGGGGAACUCAACACUUAACUAAACCAUCGCAAGAAGUUGCAACUUGGUUGGAAGCACAAUUGUCUUAUGAGAAGAACAUGUCUCUUAGUAUGUACAUGUUCCAUGGAGGUACAUCUUUCGGCUUCCAAAGUGGUGCUAAUAACGGAGGCUACUUGCCCAGGCCAACAACUUACGAUGUUGAUGCUUUACUCGACGAGGCCGGUGAUCCAAAUGAAAAAUAUUUCGUCGUUAAAGAUAUUAUAUCAAAGUAUUUCCCAGUGGCAAGUUUCAGCCCUAAACCAAGUCCAAAAAUGGCCAUCGGCCCGAUCGAUGCUAAAUUAGAGUUUGAUUUUACUUCACUUUACCAACAAUCAUUUUGGAAACAAUCAAAAUCAGAUUCACCUCAACCCUUUGAGUAUCUUGACUCGAGAAAUGGUUUAAUACUUUAUUCAACAACAAUUAACUUUAAACCAACUUCACCAUCAAUGUUAGUGAUUAAAGAACUGCGAGAUCGAGCUUAUGUUUACGUUGAUAAAAAAUAUCAAGGUACCAUUAGCAGGCAAGAAAAAGCUCUGACGAUUCCAAUUAGAGCUUCGAAAGGAAGUCAAUUAGAUUUGAUUGUUGAAAAUCAAGGGAGAAUCUAUUUUGGAGAUGAGAUAAGUCAACAUAAGGGGAUUUUCGGAAGUGUUUCUCUUGGUUCGAAAACUCUUACAGGUUGGACGCAUUAUUAUAUCGACGAUUGGGAAGAUUUCACUUCAUUAUUGACUUUUAACUCUAGACAAGGCUACAGUCUCGACGAAAAUAGUUUACAUCCAGCGGUGUUAAAGGCCGAGUUUACAUUAUCUCAGAACAGUAUAAUUUACGAUACGUAUUUUAAUCCAACGGGAUUGUCCAAAGGUUUCGCUUAUCUUAAUGGUAGAGGACUUGGACGAUAUUGGCCAACAAACGGACCACAGGUCACUCUUUUUACACCAGGAGUUUGGAUGAAACCUUAUCCUCUAGUUAAUCAAUUGAUUAUCGUUGAAUUGGAAGAUCCUAAGUGUUUAACUGUUGAUAAAAUUUGUUCGAUACAAUUUGAUGAUCAUCCUACAUUAGAUGAAGAAACACCAACAAAUUGGUAAUAAAUCGAUCAUUACAAUUUUCUGAUUGUUAUGGACAUUGAAGGAUACGAUAGUAAUUUGAAGGCCUUUUUAAUAGAUAAAAUAUCUUAAUAAUAAAAAUAAUUAUUCAUGUUUGAGGCCUAAAUGGUAAACUAAUCAACACUGUUGAUUGGAACGGAAGCAGAAAUUGUAACGAUUGAAUCUUUUGAACUUUUUUGAUUUUCGAUUCUGAUUAAAAUUCUUGCCCAAUUUAACCAAA